AUGUCUACCGCGGUCUACGCAGUGCAUGCCGCGCAGUGGGCGCGGAACAACCCGCGCUGGGAGCUGAGCAUUUGGAAGGAGGUCCAGCGCAGGCUGAGGCUCUUCAAGGCGCCUCCGAAAGCUGAUCGCUGGAGCGUGGUGUAUAGCACCAUGCAGCGGCAGUGGCAGGAGGAGCAGGCUCAGCUGCUGGCGCGGAGCAGCCGCCUUCAGGGCCUGCGCCAAUAUGCGGGGAAGCUCGGGGCCUGGUUCCGGAGCAGACCCAUCACCUCCAGCAGCGUCUCCGGGCUCGUCAUGCUCUUCACCAGCGAUUUGAUCAUCCAGAAGGCCGUCGAGAAGAAGCAGCAAAUCGACUUCCGACGCACCGCCUACAUGAGCUUCUCGGUCCAAGACAAGACAUGUACCGAGUGA